CUGGCUUGACCGCAGUAGUUAAUCGGAUAACGUUAGGUCACUUACAUGGAGCGUGAAAAUGGGCUGAAACUGAAAACAGGUUUUGAUCUUUCAUGGCAAACACAUAUUGAUACCACUUGUUCUGUGAUUUCAGAAGCGUCAGAAAAAAAAAACUCUAUGACACAGGAGAAGUUCCUGAUUUAAACAUUUCUGAAGGGAGCUGCUGACUGAGAAAUAGAAAACAGUUAACCUGAACAAUGUUGCUAACUACAACAAAACUACAAAUGAAGCCUUUUGGGAGGUUUUCUACAUCUUUCAGGAUAACGUCUCUGUGAACCUGGGGACAUUGUCAGGUGAAUCAGGAACAGAUAACGGUGAGGAUUUUGUCUGACGAUCCAUCAGCUGAUCUGCAUGGCGUCUCCAUGUGUUAUCUCCAACCUUUACUGUGUACAUCAAGGGUCCAGUUCUGGUGGUGAUAGUACCUGUAUGAAAGUCUUCUGAAUGUGGCUAUUGCAGAUAAAGCAGCAAGCAGCAUGGGAGAGACUCCAGCAACAAACGGCACACAGACAGAGACUCCAGCAUCAGACAACACAGCAGACCCGGCAUCAGAGUCAACACCGCCGCUCCCCUGUAAUGUGGCUAACACAGAUAAAGCAGCAAGCAGCAUGGGAGAGACUCCAGCAACAAACGGCACACAGACAGAGACUCCAGCAUUAGACAACACAGUAGACCCGGCAUCAGAGUCAACACCUCUGCUUCCCCCCGAGUCUGAAACUCUUUAACUUACUCCUGCAUCUUCCUCCUUAACUUCUCCUAUUUCUUUCACAACCUCCUUGUCCUCACCUAUGUCGUUAUCCGUGGCUCCUCAAGUCUCCCCCCUGACUCAGCCUGUUUUCAAGUUCUCUCAACCCAGUCCUAUAUCUUCUUCCCUGGCUUCUCCUCUGCCACCACCCUCUACCCUUUCUGCCGCUUCUAAACUCACUCCUGUGCCCACUGAGCUAGGUAGUCCAGACUCAGUAUCUUCCUCAGGAAAAAAAAGACAAAUAAAGAGGAGAGCAGAACCUAGAGUGGGAUGAAGUGGAAAAAAUCCUGGGAGCCACAAGAAAAUAUUCAAAGCUCAUCCUGAAGAUGUGUGUGUUCCAAUGUAUUGUUUGUUGUUAGGUUGUAUCGUUGUUGCAGAGACUGAAAUCAGAUUUUGUUUUUCAGUGUUAUUGCACAUCAGUUUAGAUUUAUUCCUGUGUUCUGUAACUGCUUUGUAAAGUAUGUUGCCUCAGUUUUCUGUGUUUGGUGACUGGAUAGAUAAAAUGUUUUGAAAUAUCUGUCAGUGGCUUUGUUCUUUUAUAUACACUUGAUUUUUAAAAUAGUUUAUAAUUGUUAGUUUGUCAUUUAAGAGCAUAAAUACAUGCACUUUAACUAAAAGCAUUUAGUGAUAUGUUUACUGCUGAAACAUUUUGAUAAAGCCAUGUUGUUGUUGUUAUAAUUAUUAUUCAUUUUUAUUAUUCAUUACCAUAAAGCACCUAUUAGCCCACAGCCAAGAUGUUGAUGCUUGCAUAUGGAUCCGCACGUCUCAUGUCUCGUCAGCCCCGUAACAGAAUACUCGGCCAAACAAGGAUCCAGCAGCUGUUCAAGUGGAUCAUGGCCAGGUAUGGACAGCGAUCUUGUUGCUAGCCCUCAAGCAGGGCGCCCGAUCACUCGAGUGUUACAUUGUGGAAUAUUUGGCUUUGGCGAAUGGCUCGGAAUUACCAGACAGCAUGUUGAUAGACUUUUUCUGUGACGGCCUUAAUCAGCCUUUAAAAACAGAAGUAAUUCAUAAGGGUCCACGUUCACCGAGUAGUUUCUUGGACUAUGUUCUGUGGUCUGUUGGUUCAGCUUUCACUGUGGGUGUCGUGGAGGAACGUGACCCCGCACUCUCUCGUCGGAUAGCAGCCACACUGGAGCAGACACACAAAGUGGCAGCGACAGCGAAGCCCGUUCACAAAAUGGCGGCCACAACAACACCACGCCUUGUCAUUGCUGUCAGUCAUGAGCCGAGCCAAGUCACAGUUGAUGUCAGAGAGUCAAAUCAAGUCACCAUUGAUCUCCACGAAUCAAGCCAAGUCACAGCUGAUCUUCAAGUCGCAGCUGAUCUUCAUGAGCUAAGUUAAGUCACAGUUGAUCGUCACGAAUCAAGCCAAGUCACAGUUGAUCUUCAUGAGCCCAGUCAAAUCACAGUUGAUCUUCAUGAGCCCAGUCAAGUCACAGUUUAUGUUAAAGAGCCCAGUCAAGUCACAGUUGAUGUUAAAGAGUCAAACCAAGUCACAGCUGCUCUUCACGUCACAGCUGUCCGGAGUCACGUCACGUCUCCGCUGACCUUCCAGAGUCACGUCAUGUCUCCGCUGACACACCCAGAUCAUCAAGGUCAGUCGCCCAUUAUCCCAGUUUGAUGUCUAGUGUGAGGGAUGUACCGCUGGUGUCUGCACGCACGGCUGGUGUCUGCACGCACUGCUGGUAUCCCUAAACCAGCUCAUUGUAACCCUCCUGUUCCUAUUCCCCUGUCCGAAGCGCUUCCCCUGAUGGGAAUCGCUUUAGGUUAUGUUUGGGCUGCGUACACCACCGCAGAACUGUCUGAGGUGGCAGCAGCUGCCGCAGCCUCUCCAGAGGUGGUGGCAGGUGCUGCAGAACCUCCAGAAGCGGCGGGGCUCACCUCAGCCCCUUGUAUGGUGGUGGCGCCCAGUAAUGUACUCUCAACCUGUUGCGUUACUAACCUCUCCCUGUGUCCUGAGUUUACCGCUGUAGAACCUCCAGAGGUGGCGGCAACUGCUGCAGAACCUCCAGAGGUGUCCGCGGUAUCUGUCUGCAAAAUCUCAUCCUGUCCUGGCAUGGCUAUGGAGGCCGUCAAUGAACUCUCGUUCUGUCCUGUCACAGCUAUGGAGAUUAAUUACGAACUUCCUGUGUUUCCUGCCUCGGUCCUUGGGUCAGUGCAUGUUCUCUCUCCUUUUUAUGUCUCAGUUCUCCCUAGGUCCCAGGCUCUGCUGUGGGUUCCUGACCCGUCGUGGUGGGCUCCUGCUCUAUCUGCUCCACCGUGGUGGUCUUCAGGUCCGUCUGCUCCGCUCUGGUGGUCUUCUGCUCCGCCCUGGUGGGCUCCUGCUCUGUCUGUGCCGCUGUGGUGGUCUGCUGUCUGGCUCUGGUGGUCUUCUGCUCCGCCCUGGUGGGCUCCAGUCCUGUCGGCUCCGCCCUGGUGGGCUCCAAUCCCGUCCUCUCUGCCUUGGCUUCCUGCUCUGCCUUGGUCCCCGGUCACUCUGCUUCCACAGGGACCUGGCCCUCCAUCCCUCCCCCUGUUCCGCCUCCGCUCCACCUCCCUCCUGGAUUAUAGACUGUGUGGAGCGUCUGGAAGCCGCUCUUUGGGGGGGGGGGCCCUGUCACGAAUCUGGUCCCUGCACUUCCGUUCAUUCACCACCAGAGGUCACUCACUCACCACAUUGACUCUCACAGCACACAUCACACUGGACUCAAUUUCCCAUCAUCCAUUACUGAUCACAGCUGUCACCAAUCACUCAUUGCACUAAUUACACGCACACCUGAUCCUACGCACACACUGAUCACAUACCUUAUUUAAACCCUGGACUUUCCUUCUGUCACUGCCGAGUAUUGUAUGCAUUAUCGCUGCCCUACAGAGCCCUGUUAGUUUCCCUAGUCUUGCCUGUUUCGGAUUGUUUUCCCCUGCCUGGACUCUUGCUUACGUUUUGGUUUACCUCUCUUAUCUUGCCCCUUUUGAUUCUGUUCGCUGUUGUAUGACCCACGCCUGUUUUUUGACAACUCUGUGCAUUGCCUAUUAUGUACCUGUCUGCCAUUGUUCGACCCUGCCUGUUUGACCACGUCCCUGAUUCAAUAAAGCUUGCAUAUGGAUCCGCACGUCUCACGUCUCGUCAGCCCCGUAACAGAUACUUCUUGUAAAAUGAUGCUCAAUACCAAGCCACUGGGCUUUGAGCAUCAUGAUGCUAUUGUCAAAUGUAUAUUUCUGCAUUUUUGUAUAGCAACUGUUUGUCUGAACAAUUGAAAAUAUUGAGUGUUUAGGAAAUCCUUUUAAAACAUUAUGAAAUAGCCUACAUUAUUUACGAAAUUUGUUGCUGAUGGUGUAUUACAGAAAUGACAUACUUGAAAUUAUUCCUUGAGUUUCUUACAUUUAUAUAGACGUAAAAAAAAAAUCUUGCAUUUAGCUUUAUUAAACAUUUUAUUGCCGUGGUCACUGGUUUAUUAUUAUUAAUUAUAUAUAUUGAAAUUCCAAGAGUUCAAGCGGUGGAGAAUAGCAUGACGAAGUGAUUAAAUUUAUAUAUGCUACACAAAGUAAAUGUUAGAAGCACUUAGCAGGUGCAUAUUUAGUUACGGCUGUAGGCCAUUGCUUAGGACAAAAAUGUUUCUCUUUUAAAUGUAUUUAUGCAUCAGGUUAACCACACAAAGGAGACUGUCGUUGUAAAAUAUGAGUUGUGUUUAAGUAGCAGUACUUGUUUAACUGCCCGUGUGGAUGCACUCGUUCGGCCAGAACCGGAAAAAAUCUGACGUAAUUUACCAUACAUGGACAAGUAAGUGUGGAGCUGCGCUCGCUGUGAUUGGACUGUCUUUUAAACAAUAUAAAACAGCGUUCCAUGUUCCAACAUGUGUUUUGAUGCUAUUAUUACGUUAGUAAUUAAGUUAACGAUAAAGUGGCGCUAUGUUGUGAGAAAUCACGCCUUUUCAAAGAUCUUAACCCUACCCUAGGCCUUACUACACACUUCAAUGAACUACAAAUAACAACGCCAUGUUUUCCCGUUCCAUUGAUAGAAUAACAGAGUCUUAUGGGUAAUGUAGUUUAAAACAUUUAGUAUAUAAACAAUGUAAUUACUAUCUUUAAUGAACAAUUGGAUAUAUUCAAAAUAUAUUAAUUAUGAAACCCUCUAUGAAAUAUCUGAGAGGCAGGCUGAAAUUUGGUAUAUUACUGUGAGCAUUUUAAAAAACACCUUUAAGCCACCUUUCCAUAUAUGUCUGAAAAUUGUGCCCAACAUUAUUUAGUAAACACAGCAUAAGCAAUUAUCCUGUCAAUUUUCUCUUUGAUAUUCUUAAAGGACUUUGAGUUAUGGCCAUUUGA